AUGCACUACCUUCUCAUGUACAAAAAGUGGCACUUGCAUGGUCUUGCCCGACCCCAUCUCGCCGCACACAAGGCUGGCAGGGCUGCCCCACAUCACACUCACCUGCCCUGUCCCCCACACUGCACCCACUUGCCCCUCCCCACACUGCACUCACCUGUCCUUUCCCCCACACCGCACUCACCUGUCCUUUCCCCCACACCGCACUCACCUGUCCUUUCCCCCACACCGCACUCACCUGUCCUUUCCCCCAGACCGCACUCACCUGUCCUUUCCCCCACACCGCACUCACCUGUCCUUUCCCCCACACCGCACUCACCUGUCCUUUCCCCCACACCGCACUCACCUGUCCUUUCCCCCACACCGCACUCACCUGUCCUUUCCCCCACACCGCACUCACCUGUCCUUUCCUCCACACCGCACUCACCUGUCCUUUCCCCCACACCGCACUCACCUGUCCUUUCCCCCACACCGCACUCACCUGUCCUUUCCCCCACACCGCACUCACCUGUCCUUUCCCCCACACCGCACUCACCUGUCCUUUCCCCCACACCGCACUCACCUGUCCUUUCCCCCACACUGCACUCACCUGAGGAACAGCCUGCAGGCUUUCGCAGCAGCAGAGCCUGCAGGCUGAGCACGCCGGUUGCCUCUCCCCUCUCAGCAGCAGAGCCUGGAGGAAGGGGGGAAAAUGGCGGAAAACGGGGGUCGGCGGGAGGGAGAAGAGUGCGUGAGCAGGAAGCGGAAAGGUGUGGGAGCGAGGGCAAACAUGCACCCACGUCCGACGCAGCGAAGGGCAGCGCCGCGACCUCCCCCCCUUCCCCACUGCGCCUUCUCCUCCCCACCGUACUCCGUCCACACUGCGCCUUCCGCUCCCCGACCUUCCCCCCUCCCCACUGCGCCCUCCCCUUCCCACCUCCCCUUCUCCCCACUGCGCCCUCCCCCCACCACCUCCCCCAUCCCCACAGCGCCCUCUCCUCCCGCACCCCCCUCGUCCGCGCACCUCACCUCGACCGCGCGUCGUUCGUCGCGGCGAAGGGCAGCGCCGCGCGCUCCUCCGCGCGCACAGAAAAUCACAGUCGCAACUGUCUUGCUUUCCUUGUGCUGAACAUUCACCUCCCCGCGCGCCUCCGCGCGGAUGAAUCAGGCAGCACGCGUGCAUCCCGCCCGCGCCUCGUCCGUGGCGGCGGAGAGCGCGCCUCCAACCAACGUCGCCGCCUUUUGAGGCGCCUUGAACGACGCGCGCACCUCCGCCAGCACGGACGAGGCGCGAGCGGGGAGGUGCCUCGUCCGUCCGUCCAUCGCCCGCGCCUCGUCCGCUCAGCACGUGGAUUUCGGUGCUGCUCCGUCUAUGAUCCAUCGCGCCACAGAACCAUGACGAAUCUGUUCGAGCACGUGCUAAAAGAGUUGCCAAACCCCAAAGGCGGCUCGUUUGGCUCAUAUUACAGCCUCCCCCAACUCGAAGAUUCUCGCAUCGAUGAACUGCCAUUUCUUGUCAAGUACAUGCUGGAGUCCGCCGUUCGCAACUGCGACAAUGACCACGUCACGAAGGAGGACGUGGAGAAGAUCCUGAAUUGGGCUGAAAAUCCCCUGCACCAAGAGAAGAUCCUCUUCAAGCCAGCUCGAGUCAUCCUGCAGGACUUCACUCGCGUUCCUGCUGGUGUGGACCUCGUUGCGACACAGGACGCGUUGAGGAAGGCCGGCUGCAAUCUUCUUACCAUCGACCCUCAGGUGCCGGUGGAUCUGGUGAUCAAACACCCGGUGGGCCUCAGCAUGGAGCGCGCGAUCGAGCGCAACAUUGAGCUGCUCGCUCUCCUUGAUUCAACCUCGACGGCCACCAGACAGAUUGUUGUGGUCCCCCCUGGCGCUGGCAUCGUGCACCAGGUGAAUCAGGAGUACCUGGCGCAGGUGGUGGUGGAGGUCGACGGGCUGCUCUACCCUGACAGCGUCGUCAGCACCGACUCCCACUCCACCUUGACCCAUGGUCUCGGCAUCCUCGGCUGGGGCGAGAGCUGGUCUAGAGCCAAAGGUGCCAUGCGCGGGGAGCCCAUACGCAUGGACCUCCCCCAAGUCGUGGGCGUCAACCUCACGGGAAGGCUCCGAGCGGGAGCCACGGCCACGGAUGUGGCUAUGACGUGCAUGAAACCCAGCAUGCUGAAUUCAUUCGUGGAGUUUUAUGGCGAGGGGAUGCGGGAGCUGUCAGUGGCGGACCGGGCGACAGUGGCGAACCUGCUGUCGGAGUUUGGGGCGACCAUGGGGUUCUUCCCGGUGGACUCGGUGACGCUGCAGCACCUGAGGGCCACGGGGCGCGAUGAGGCGAAGGUGGAGCAGGUUGAGGCGUACAUGCGCGCCAACCACCUCUUCAUGGAUCACGCCACGGCUGGAGAGGCGGAGGCCAAGCCCAAGUAUUCCACCCACCUCCAGCUGGACCUUGCGACUGUGGAGCCCUGCGUCUGCGGGCCACGCAUCUCUGGGCCCGACGCCUGCAGACCCUACUGGCCGCACAGAUUUGUCAAACUCAAGACCAUGAAGUCGGGCUGGGAUGAAUGCCUCAGCAACACCGUCCGUUCAAAGGGCUUCGGCAUCCUCUUGGACCAGCAAGGAAAGAGUGUGCCGGUGACUCUUGAGGAAGGGGUGCAAAUCCAGCUGAAGCACGGGUCCGUGGUCAUCGCUGCCAUCACCUCCUGCACCAGCGCGCUCAACCCGGCGGAAAUGUUGACAGCAACCCUGGUGGCGAAGAAGGCGAGUGAGAGGGGGCUCCAGGUGAAGCCCUACGUCAAGACGAGCCUCGCCCCUGCCUCCAACGUGGUGACCAAGUACCUUGAGGCCAGUGGUCUCCUGCCAGCUCUGGAGGGUCAGGGCUUCCACGUGGUGGGAUAUGGCUGCACCACGUGCAUUGGGAACUCGGCAGAGAUUUCAGAGUCUGUCAUUGAGGCCAUUUCAAGCAACGGUCUGGUGGCAGCAACAGUGCAGUCUUGUAACCGUGCCUCUGAGGGGCACGUGCAUCCUCUCAUUCGAGCCAACUACCUUGCAUCGCCACCCCUCGUCGUGGCAUAUGCGCUCGCUGGCACGGUGGUCAUUGACUUUGAUCAAGAGACCAUCGGAACGGACAAGGACGGCAAGGAGGUGUUCUUGAGGGACAUCUGGCCCAGCAACGAGGAGGUGGCAGAGGUGUUGGAGAGGGCGGUGCUGCCGCAGCUCUUCCAGUCGGUGUACGAGGCAGUGAGGGAGGGCGCCACCGACGCCCUCUGGAACAGCCUUCCCGCAGAUAACGAGAUUGGUUGGAGGGACGGGACGGACGCGUCCAGCCUGCACCUGCUCAGUCAGGGCGACUCUGACGCCACUGAUCAGACCUCACCUGCUGGUCACCCCAUCUGUCACUUUGGCACCGUGCACCGUGCGUACAGCCCCCCCUGCCCUUUGGCACGGCGAGCCGUGGCCACACCCCCCCCCUCCCCCCCCCGCACACCCCGUUCCCCCCGCACCCCCUCCCCUCCCCUCCCUUUGACACGGUGUGUGUGUUGCACGGGAGGGGUGUGUGUUGCACGGGAGGGGUGCGUGUUGCACGGGGAGGGGUGUGUGUUGCACGGGAGGGGUGUGUGUUGCACGGGAGGGGUGUGUGUUGCACGGGAGGGGUGUGUGUUGCACGGGAGGGGUGUGUGUUGCACGGGAGGGGUGUGUGUUGCACGGGAGGGGUGUGUGUUGCACGGGAGGGGCACCUUUAUCCAGGCGGCCUUUGAUAAACUUCAACAGCAGGUGGAGCCGCGGCUGCUCGAGCUGGGAGGGACGAUGAUUCAGCGGAACGCGCAGAGCGAGGGGGGGCUGCCAUCAGGUGAAGAGUGUGGAGGCGAAGGCGGAGCUGGAGGCGGAAGUACCCCCGCUCUUCCCACUAGGGAUGAGGGGGAGCACGGCACGCACGGCACUCCUGCCAGCAGCAGCACUGGCGACGCCAGCAGCAGCACCGGCAACGCGGUCAGCAGCUCCAGCAACGCCGACAGCUCCAACCGCCAGUCCCCUGCAACCAGCAGCUCAACGCCAGACCCACACCCACUCCCACAUGGCGUACACGGAGGGGAUGGAGGCGGGGGCGGGGAACAUUCAGCUGCACAUACAGCUACUGCUGCUGUAGUAUCUCAUGACGGGCAUGAGGAGGAGGCCCGCACCUGCAGCACUAGUGCGGAGCGCUCAGCCCAUGAGGGGCAUGAAGACGAGGACAGCGUCUUCUUCAACAGCAGCUCCAGCGCUGGCAGCAGAAGUAGCACCAGCAGCGCCAGCGACCCACGUGCGCUUGACUGGGAAGAUUUCCGUACAUGGAUGAAGAAGCAGUGGACAAAAAUACAGGAAAAGGACGUCACCGAGAUCCGAAACAAGUUGAUAAAGGCUCGAAAAGAAUACUCUGAAGUGGGCGGCGAUAGGCAUAACAAACUUAUUGUUCUGCAUCAAGCCUACGCCAACGAGGCGGAGGCAUAUGAGGAGCGGGCCAGUCUUGCUGAAGUGGCAUUUGAGUAUGCCCGUGACAGGUUAUAUCAGUUUGAGGCAAGAGAAAAAAUAUCUGCAACGGCGAGUCGAGGAGUUGCGAGAUGCAGCUGCGGAGAAGGGAGCG